UGGAACAGAACGCGUAGCAUCUCUUUGGUUUGAUCACACGUAGAAACUUGAAACACAGUUCUUUCAGUUGCACUUACCAAUGAACCAGAGAAGCUCUUAUAAUCUGUGAGACUGUGACAGUAUCUCCGUUUGUUAAUGGCAUCUUUGUACGUAAGACUAAGCAGGAGAAACAUAGUCGAACAACUACCUCGUAUUCGCUGUUGCCAUGUCUCAGCUUCUCCAACCCAUAACUAUAACUCGUCACCGUUAAACCAAUCCAAUAAAAAAUUAUCGAAUCUGAUUCGAAGUGGUAGAAUAAGCGAAGCGAGAACACUAUUCGAUUCAAUGAAGCGCCGAGAUACCGUUACUUGGAAUUCCAUGAUUAGUGGGUACGUGCAGCGGAGGGAGAUCGCCAGGGCGCGCCAACUGUUCGACGAAAUGCCCCGAAGGGACGUUGUGUCUUGGAACCUCAUUGUUUCGGGUUACUUUUCAUGUUGCGGAAGCAGGUUUGUUGAGGAAGGAAGAAGGCUGUUUGAGCUGAUGCCUCAGAGAGAUUGUGUCUCUUGGAACACGGUUAUCAGUGGGUAUGCUAAGAAUGGAAGGAUGGACCAGGCUUUGAAGCUCUUCAAUGCCAUGCCGGAGCAUAAUGCUGUGUCCUACAAUGCUGUGAUCACUGGGUUCUUGCUGAAUGGUGAUGUGGAGUCAGCUGUUGGUUUUUUCAGGACAAUGCCUGAGCAUGAUUCAACCUCUCUCUGUGCUCUUAUAUCGGGGCUUGUUAGGAAUGGUGAAUUGGAUCUGGCUGCUGGAAUUUUGCGUGAAUGUGGGAAUGGGGAUGAUGGGAAGGAUGAUUUGGUGCAUGCUUAUAACACCCUGAUUGCGGGUUAUGGCCAAAGAGGGCAUGUGGAAGAGGCUCGGCGCCUUUUUGAUGGGAUUCCAGAUGAUGACGAUGAUGGCAAUGAAGGUAAAAGGAGAUUCAGGCGAAAUGUGGUAUCGUGGAAUUCGAUGAUGAUGUGCUAUGUGAAAGCGGGGGAUAUAGUUUUUGCCAGGGAACUCUUUGAUAGGAUGGUGGAGCGGGAUAACUGUUCUUGGAACACUCUGAUCAGUUGCUAUGUUCAAAUCUCCAACAUGGAAGAGGCUUCAAAGCUUUUCAGGGAAAUGCCUAGUCCUGAUGUACUUUCGUGGAAUUCAAUAAUAUCUGGGUUGGCACAGAAGGGUGACUUGAAUCUUGCAAAAGAUUUCUUUGAGAGGAUGCCCCACAAAAACCUGAUCUCAUGGAACACAAUAAUAGCUGGUUAUGAGAAAAAUGAAGACUAUAAGGGUGCUAUUAAGCUAUUUUCUGAGAUGCAACUAGAGGGAGAGAGGCCAGAUAAACACACAUUAUCUUCAGUUAUCAGUGUGUCUACUGGGUUGGUGGAUCUUUACCUUGGUAAGCAGUUACAUCAGCUUGUCACAAAGACCGUUCUUCCAGAUUCACCCAUAAACAAUUCCCUUAUUACCAUGUACUCAAGAUGUGGGGCAAUAGUGGAUGCAUGCACUGUAUUUAAUGAGAUAAAGCUUUAUAAAGAUGUGAUCACUUGGAACGCAAUGAUUGGAGGCUAUGCAUCUCAUGGCUCAGCUGCAGAGGCCCUAGAACUUUUCAAACUGAUGAAAAGGCUUAAAAUUCACCCUACCUAUAUAACCUUUAUUUCGGUUUUGAAUGCAUGCGCCCAUGCAGGAUUAGUUGAAGAAGGGUGGAGGCAAUUCAAAUCCAUGAUUAAUGACUAUGGUAUUGAGCCACGGGUUGAGCACUUUGCCUCCCUUGUGGACAUCUUGGGACGGCAAGGGCAGCUUCAGGAAGCUAUGGAUUUGAUAAAUACCAUGCCAUUUAAACCAGAUAAGGCUGUGUGGGGUGCAUUACUUGGUGCUUGUAGAGUUCAUAAUAACGUAGAAUUGGCCCUAGUAGCAGCUGAUGCUUUGAUCAGACUUGAACCAGAAAGUUCAGCUCCAUAUGUGUUGUUAUAUAAUAUGUAUGCUAAUUUAGGACAAUGGGAUGAUGCCGAGAGUGUGAGAGUGUUGAUGGAAGAAAAGAAUGUCAAGAAGCAAGCAGGGUAUAGUUGGGUAGACUGAUUGCCAAUGAGAACUUUGAUGUUUUAGUAGGAUUUCAAUCAGCACUAGAUGUCAGAUCAUGCCAUUGUUAGAGAUGCUUGCAUUCAACUUAACCAUGUUAAUACUGUCAGAUAGGAAAAAUGAUCUUGACUGGUUAAGUACAUGUUGAUGUAAAAUUUUACACGUUGGUUUGACUAUUGACAUGGAAGAAAUAGUGUGUCUUCUGGCAAACGUUCAGAGAUCAGUUUUCCAGUGUCAACAGUACGUGAUUUCAACCUUGGAUGGCUGGAAGAUUGGACUAUUUUUCACUCAAUUUUUGCUUCUUGAAGGAGAUCAAACUUCAAAUCCCAACCCUUCCAUCAAUUUAGAUAUGCAGAAUAUCAUGACAUUGGACCAAGAAUGGAAUGCUUUGGGUUAUCAUCAGAGAAAGCUGAAGUUGCCCGUGGAGCAUGGUACAAGGUCACGCUGACAGGUUCUACAAUCUGGAUUUGCCUGCAUAUAAAGUGGUAGAAUUUUAUAUGGAGGGCAAUGAACAAUUUACUUCAACAAGGUUCAUUCUUUUAAUAGAGAAAAGGUGCAAGAUCCUUCUCUUUCCUUGAUGUUAGAUUUGGGAAAGUAUGCAUCUUGUGCUUAAAAGUGAUUGUAUCCCGACCAAAUACUACCAUUCCCUGAUAUUUAUUUAUUUAUUAUUUUUUAUGAAGGGGGGUCGGGAUCUUUAAAUAGGAGAUAGAACUGAUUGUGAAUAUCUGCGUAGAAAGUAGAGACAUUUGUUUUGUCACAGACAAUGUGGUUAUCUCAAACCAACUUUUUUUUAGAAUAAUAAAGGACUUCACAACAUCCUCAAGUUGUCAGGGACUA